CCAGGGGUUAGGAGAGGAGGGGAGGGGACGUCAGGUAGAGGAAACGAUACUUAAGGUUCAGAUCAACCAAAGCACCCGACGUGGAAGCAGUUCUCUCGGUCAGGAGAAAAAUAAAACGCAUUCUGAAAUAAGCGGACGGACAGAAACUACAUCAAGGAAUGGCCUCUGCUAACCCUUCCUGGUCUGAAGAGAACUUUUCAUGUUCCAUCUGUCUGGAUGUGUUCAGCAUCCCAGUUUCCACACCAUGUGGGCACAACUUCUGCAGAACCUGUAUUACUAAGUUCUGGGAUGAACAAGUCAAGUACAAGUGUCCCGUUUGCAACGAGCUUUUCAACACAAGACCUGAUUUACGGGUCAAUAUCCUAAUUUCAGAGAUGAUUGAUCGGUUUGGAACGUCCCUACAAGUAAAAGAGCAGCCUUGUGUUGAACCAGCAGAAGUUCCCUGUGACGUCUGUACUGGGACCCAGCUGAAGGCCGUGAAGUCCUGCCUAGUGUGUCUUAUCUCUUACUGCCAAACCCACCUGGAGCCACACCAGAGAGUCACAGUCCUGAAGAAACAUCGGCUGGUCGAGCCUAUGGACCGUCUGGACGACAGGAUGUGUAAGAAACAUGACCGACUUCUGGAGCUCUUCUGCAAGACUGAACAGGUGUGUGUGUGUCUGUUGUGCACAGUGACGGACCACAAGUCCCAUCCUGUUGUACCUCUAAAGGAGGAAUAUGAAGUGAAGACGGCCCAGCUGGGGAAGAUAGAGGCUGAAGUUAAGCAGUUGAUCCAGGAGAGACAAAAGAAUAUUCAGGAGAUUAAAGACACAGUUGAACGCAGCAUAGCAGACGCAGACAGAGAGAUAGCUGAUGGUGUGCAGGUCCUCACUGCUCUGAUGCGCUGCAUUGAAAAGUGCCAGGAUGAUCUCAACCAAAUGGUGAAAGAGAAACUGAAAUCCACAGAGAAACAAGCUGAAGACCUCAUCAAAGAGCUGGAGCAGGAAAUAGAAGAUCUGACCAAUAGAAGCUCAGAGGUGAAGCAGCUCUCACACACUGAAGACCACCUCCACUUCCUCCAGACCUUCAGAUCCCUGAAGGAUCCUCCACCCACCAGGGACUGGACCACGGUGGAGGUCCGUCCUCCGUCAUACGUAGGGACCUUGAGGAGAUCCCUGGAUCAGCUGGAGGAGACACUGAACAUGGAGAUGAAGAAGCUGCGUGAUGCUGAACUGAAGAGGGUCCAGCAGUAUGAAGUAGAUGUGACUCUGGAUCCUGAUACAGCUCAUCCCAAGUUGAUCCUGUCUGAGGAUGGGAAACAAGUACAUGAUGGAGGUAUGUGGAAGAGACUCCCAGACAACCCUAAGAGAUUUUCACUGUGUGCAUGUGUUCUCACGAGGCAGAGCUUCUCCUCAGGGAGAUUUUACUUUGAGGUCCAGGUUAAAGACAAGACUGUAUGGUGGUUAGGAGUGGCCAGAGAGUCCAUCGUCAAAAAAGGUGAGACCAGGCGGACCCCUGAGAACGGUUACUGGACUCUUCACUACAACCAGGAUGGGUUGAUAUUUAGAGAUAACCCUCCUGUCCGUCUCCCUCUGAGAGCUGGGCUCCAGAAGGUGGGGGUGUUUGUUGAUUAUGAUGAGGGUCUGGUCUCCUUCUAUGAUGUGGAAGCCAGGGUUCAUCUCUACUCUGCUACUGGCUGCACCUUCAGUGAGCCUCUCUAUCCAUUCUUCUUCCCAGGUGCCCGUGAUUAUCUAGGUAACAACUCGGCCCCCCUCAUCAUCUCACCUGUCAAUCAAACAGACGGGUUAGGGGAGGAGGGGAGAGGACGUCAGGUAGAGGAAACGAAACUUAAGGUUCAGAUCAACCAAAGCACCCGACGUGGAAGCAGUUCUCUCGGUCAGAAGAAAAAACGCAUUUUGAAAUACGCUGACGGACAGAAACUACAUCAAGGAAUGGCCUCUGCUAACACUUCCUGGUCUGAAGAGAACUUUUCAUGUUCCAUCUGUCUGGAUGUCUUCAGCAGCCCAGUUUCCACACCAUGUGGACACAACUUCUGCAGAGCCUGUAUUACUAAGUUCUGGGAUGGACAAGUCAAGUACAAAUGUCCCGUUUGCAACGAGCUUUUCAACACAAGACCUGAUUUACGGGUCAAUAUCCUCUUUUCAGAGAUGGUUGAUCGGUUUGGAACGUCCCUACGAGUAAAAGAGCAGCCUUGUGUUGAACCAGGAGAAGUUCCCUGUGACGUCUGUACUGGAACCCAGCUCAAGGCCGUGAAGUCCUGCCUAAUGUGUCUUACCUCUUACUGCCAAACCCACCUAGAGCCACACCAUAGAGUCGCAGGCCUGAAGAAGCAUCGGCUGGUCGAGCCUAUGGACCGUCUGGAAGACAGGAUGUGUAAGAAACACGACCGACUUCUGGAGCUCUUCUGCAAGACUGAACAGGUGUGUGUGUGUCUGUUGUGCACAGUGACGGACCACAAGUCACAUCCUGUUAUUCCUCUAAAGGAGGAAUAUGAAGUGAAGACGGCCCAGCUGGGGAAGAUAGAGGCUGAAGUUAAGCAGUUGAUCCAGGAGAGACAAAAAAAUAUUCAGGAGAUUAAAGACACAGUUAAACGCAUCAAAGCAGAUGCAGACAGAGAGAUAGCUGAUGGUGUGCAGGUCCUCACUGCUCUGAUGUGCCGCAUUGAAAAGUGCCAGGAUGAUCUCAACCAAAUGGUGAAAGAGAAACUGAAAUCCACAGAGAAACAAGCUGAAGACCUCAUCAAAGGGCUGGAGCAGGAAAUAGAAGAUCUGACCAAUAGAAGCUCAGAGGUGAAGCAGCUCUCACACACUAAAGACCACCUCCACUUCCUCCAGGCCUUCAGAUCCCUGAAGGAUCCUCCACCCCCCAGGAACUGGACCACGGUGGAGGUCCGUCCUCCGUCAUACGUAGGGACCUUGAGGAGAUCCCUGGAUCAGCUGGAGGAGACACUGAACAUGGAGAUGAAGAAGCUGCGUGAUGCUGAACUGAAGAGGGUCCAGCAGUAUGAAGUAGAUGUGACUCUGGAUCCUGAUACAGCUCAUCCCUGGCUCAUCCUGUCUGAGGAUGGGAAACAAGUACAUGCUGGAGAUGUAGAGAAGAGACUCCCAGACAACCCUAAGAGAUUUACACUGUAUUCAUUUGUUCUCACGAGGCAGAGCUUCUCCUCAGGGAGAUUUUACUUUGAGGUCCAGGUUAAAGACAAGACUGGAUGGUUUGUAGGAGUGGUCAGAGAGUCCAUCGUCAGAAAAGGUCUGACCAGGUGGACCCCUGAGACGGGUUACUGGACUCUUUACUACGACCAGGAUGGGUUGGAAUUUAGUGAUAACCCUUCUGUCCGUCUCCCUCUGAGAGCUGAGCUCCAGAAGGUGGGGGUGUUUGUUGAUUAUGAUGAGGGUCUGGUCUCCUUCUAUGAUGUGGAAGCCAGGGUUCAUCUCUACUCUGCUACUGGCUGCACCUUCAGUGAGCCUCUCUAUCCAUUCCUCUACCCAGGUCCCCGUGAUUAUAAAGGUAACAACUCUGCCCCCCUGAUCAUCUCACCUGUCAAUCAAACAGACUAGGACCUUUGUUUGGUAAUAAAAUAAUCAAACAACCAAAACAACUAAUGUUGUUUCCUGAAUUACAAUCUCUACUAUGGGAGGUCUGAGAGAACUGUAUUCAUAUCUUACUUUUCACUGUCUUCUAAGGAGUAAUUCAUGAAGCCACUAACACUGUACUAUAAAAUAUAUAACCCAUUAUAACCUAUAAGACUACACUAUAAUGUUCAAUGUCUUUUAUCUGAAUGUUUUUUUAUGUUUUUAAUUAAUAAAAAAAUAAAUGUAUUAG